AAGACAUUCUCCUCUGUUCUAGUGUAGCGAUAUUCAGAAAAACAUUGGGGGGAGGGAAAUCAACUUAUUUUGUGGACCCCCUACAGUACAGGUCGAACACUCGUGCUAAAGCCUGAAAAACCGGUUUUCGGAUGUUGUGGCAAGAACAUCAUCUUUUUCGUCAGGUUGUGACGCAAUGCUCUGAACAGCUGUGCCGUUUUUCCGACAACCACUUCUACUUUCACUCGUCCACAAAGCGUACAUAGUCUGCCUCACUGAUGCCAAUCUAACCCAAACUAACCACUCCUCCUAGUUCCGAUAUCUUGUAUUAUUCAAAGUGAGCUGGAAACCUGCUAGACCACCAGGGAUUCUGGGAUCUGGAUUCAGGGAUCUGGAUUGGGCAUGGCUGCAGACCCAGCCAUGAGGGACCGUCUGAGCCACAUGCAGGAGCUGUCCCAGUCCAACGGCCAGGUGGAGCAGAUGGACUAUGCUGAGUCCGUCUCCGGGGACUCCAUCAAUGUGGACCUGGAGGAGGAGCUCCCUCACCAGGCUGUGGUGUGGGACAACACCCCUGAACUGGAGGAGGUCUUCUCCCAGUCCCAGCACGUCCACCGCGAGGUUCAGCUUAUCCGCCUCGAGGUCAAACGCCUCCGUGAGCAGAACUCACGCGUGCUCCAGGGCACCACUAGGAUGUCAGUCGUUAAGAGAGACUCCAACGCCAUCGCAGCUGACAUCAAGGCCCGUGCUGAGGGUGUGCUGACGUGCCUCAAGGACAUGGACGCCGCAGUGCGGGAGCUGGAGGCAGCGCAUGGCUCCAACGCCGCCGUGACUCGCAUCGCCAGGACCCAGUACGCCUGCCUGAGCAACAGCUUCCGUGAUGCCAUGUUCGACUACAAUGAGGCAGAGAUGAGCCACAGGGAGAGUUGCAAAGCCCACAUUCAGAGGCAGAUGGAGGUCGUGGGGCGGGAGGUGACUGGUGAGGAGGUGGAGGAGAUGAUCGAGACGGGCCAGUGGAAUGUCUUCAAUGAGAACAUCCUGUCAGAGGGUAAGACAGUGCGGUCGGCGCUCAACCAGAUCGAGAGCCGCCACCGAGAGCUGCUGGACCUGGAGAGCAGGAUCCAGAGCAUCCAUGAGAUCUUCCUGGAUGUGGCUCUGCUGGUGGAGGAGCAGGGCCCCAUGAUGAACACCAUCCAGACCAAUGUCCAGACCACAGAUGUGGCCAUCCAGGAGGCACUGGUCAAAAUCAGCAAGGCCAAGCGCCACAACAAGAACAACCCCUUCAAGAAGAUGUUCUGCUGCUGCUUCCCCUGUGUCAAAUGAGGCAGAGACUGAGGAAGAAGAUUGGGCAGUGUUGUAGUACUCAGUCCGGUCUCAAGAUGGUCUUGUCUCGGUGUCCAGGCUUGACUUGGUUGCGGACAGUGAGGAGUCAUAAUUUCUUCCUGAGACCAGCAGAGACCAGCGGAGUAAAAAAACUCAUAAUUAUCCACUUCCAUUCAGCUAAUGCAUAGCUUUUUUGUGGCCUUAGUUAUCAUCUGUUAGAAAAAAGUCAAAUUUAGCUGAACCCUCCUAUCAUCCACCCUUGGAUACCAAUGGCAAUAUAUACUUUGGAAGAGUCUGUGAAAUAAUUAUAUUAUUUGCCUUUUUUAAAUAUGCUUUUCAGGCACUGAAGUACAUCUAAACAAACAUAUAUCAGUGCCUUUCUAGAAGAAGAAAAAACACGGUUAUUUUCUGCUAUAGAAAUGUUUGUUUUCUACCCUCCUAUAGUUAAUUCCCUCUACCCUUAACAGUAUAUUAACUGUGAGACAAUAAUGAUUAAAUAAAAGUGUACUUUAUUGUUGUUCUCUGUCUGAACAUUAAAUCCACAACUUUAAACGAGAAUAAAAUGAAGAAUACUUUU